AUGCUUCAAGAAAAGGAACAACAGAUUUUUAUCAUUCGAAAACUUAAUAUCAACCACAAUUGCUCAAUGGUUGUGAGAACUAGUGAUCAAAGGCAAGCAACAUCAAGUGUAAUUGGUGAAUACAUUAAAUCCAAGUACACCAACCUCAAAAUUGUUUACAAACCAGCUGAUAUUUUGAGAGACAUGAGAGAUGAUCAUGGAAUAAAAAUGAGCUACUCUAAAGCCUACAGAUCAAAAGUAGUAGCUCAAAAAAUGGUAAGAGGAAAACCUUGUGACUCCUUUUCAUUAAUACCAAGCUACUUGUACAUGCCAAUGGUUGCAAAUCCGGGUUCGUUUGUCAAGUUGGAAUUAAAAGAUGACAACAGCUUCUUUUAUGUUUUUAUGGCAUUAAAUGCGUCUAUAAAAGGAUGGGAGUUCUGCAUUCCGGUAAUUGCUGUUGACAGCACUUUCCUUACUUUAGCUUAUGGAGGUAUGCUUUUAACAGCAUUUGCACAAGAUGGAAAUGGUAAAAUAUUUCCUCUAGCUUUUUCAGUAGUGGAUUCUGAAAACGAUGAAUCUUGGGAGUGGUUUAUGAGGAGAAUUAGAGAUGCAUUUCAUAUGCGAAGUAACAUGUGUAUAGUCUCUGAUCGACAUGAAAGCAUAAAAAAUGCAGCCAUUGGUGUUUUUCCAGAAGCUUCUCAUAAGUCAACAAAACAGCUACGAGAAGCAUUUCAUGGGGCAGCAAAAGCCUACAUGACUGAGGCAUUUGACUACUACAUGAAGCAACUUGACGGUAAGUGCAGAGGUUUAAAGACUUACCUACAAGCUGUUGAUUAUAAAAAAUGGGCACGAGCACAUCGCAAAAAUAACAGGCACAAAGUCAUGACAACUAAUAUUGCAGAAUCAGUGAAUUCCAGAAUAAAGGCAGGUAAGGAUCUCCCAAUCACUACACUACUUGAGUACCUAAGAAAAAUGGUGCAAGAAUGGAGCUACGCGAAUAUGCAUUUGCCACGAUCAACUUUCGCAAACCUAUCAAAAGGAACAGAAGAUAUCUUGAAUGACAAUUACAUUCAAUCACUGAAAUUAGUGGUAUGGUUUAAUUAUGUCAAAUUAAAUAAGUAA